AGCAACUUGAUGGAGAGCAACUUGAUGGAGAGCAACUUGAUAAAACAAGCAAUACUAUUCAAAAACCGGCACAAUUACAAAAAAAUCAUGAAGCGAGCGUUGAAGUGGUAAUACCAAGUAAAAGGAAAGAAUUAUCAUCAGAGGUGGAUGAACCUUUUCAAGAUUUCGUUACAAGUAGUAACCAAAACGAAACAGCCAAUGAUGGUGAUCAAAAUGAAACCGAUAAUGAGGAUUCUGUCUUCGCAUUUUAUAAUAAUGAUUAUUCAGAUUUUAUACCAAGUGAUAUCGAAUAUCAGAGCCCUCAACCAUCGGUAAUACCAUUACAACUCGAGUAUUUUUGUAAAUUUUUUGAAAAAAUGGAUGAAAACCGUAAAUGGAUUUUAGAAUCCGGAAAAUGUGUCGAAAAUACUAUUUUUAAACACUGUAAAGAAUUAAAUACUGAGACGUAUUUACAUUCCUGGAUUAUUGAUCUUGAAGAUCAAGAUGCAGAAAGGUUAUUCACUACAGAAGAGUGGAAUGAAAUCAAGAGUGAAGCCCCCAAAUUGCCUAAAGUAAAUCCAACAUUUGCCGAAUUUAUAAUGAAAUUUGUAGACAUAAAAUCAACAAGUGAAUUGCGGCAACUUUUAGAAACAACACCCUUCCGAAAUAAAGAUGAACCCUAUGAUCGCCAACAACAUUAUAAUAUUGAAUGGGUUGAGCUAAUCAUGAAAGAAUUUCUUAUACACUAUGAAGAUCCUAACGAACCAUUAAAAAAGUCGCAUCUUGAGUCUUGGUACGAUAUUAAUGUAUGGUCAUUUAUUGUUGAUCAUGGUCUUCGCAAUAUAGAUGGAAUGGAAAUAGUAAG